AUGAGUUCGCUCCGAGUACAAAAGCGGCUCGCUUCAGCCAUAUUACGAUGUGGUAAUAAAAAAAUUUGGCUUGAUCCAAAUGAAGCUAAUGAAAUCGCUAAUGCCAACACUCGUCAAAGUGUACGCAAAUUAAUUAAAGAUGGUUUAAUCAUCAAAAAACCAGUAGCAGUACAUUCACGUUUCCGUACACGUAAGAAUAAUGAAGCUCGUCGUAAAGGUCGACAUAUGGGCCAUGGUAAACGAAAAGGUACAGCCAACGCACGUAUGCCAACCAAGAUACUUUGGAUUCGUCGUAUGCGUGUAUUACGUCGUUUAUUGAAAAAAUACCGUGCUGCAAAAAAAAUUGAUCGUCAUUUAUACCAUGAACUUUACUUGAAAUGUAAAGGUAACGUUUUUAAAAACAAACGUGUCUUGAUGGAAUUCAUUCAUAAGAAGAAAGCUGAAGUUCAACGUACGAAAAUGUUAUCUGAUCAAGCUGUUGCUCGUCGUGAACGUACAAAGGAAAAACGUGUUCGACGUGAACAACGUAUUGCUCAAAAACGUACUGAACUUUUGGGUAAAACUAAUGAAGAUGAUGAUACAAAUGUAGCUGUACAACAAGCUAUCGAACAACAAGCUCAACCAGCUGUUGUUGCACCAGCAUCGCAAGCACCAAAUAAAGAAAAGAAACAACAAGAUAAAAAACAACCAGAGAAGAAACAAGAAACAGUACAAAAACAACCAGAGAAGAAACAAGAACCAGCACAAAAACAACAACAACCUCAACAAGCACAACCAAAGAAAAAAUAA